AUGACAGAUGCAGACUUAAUAUUUGAAGACUCGCAGCUAUUCCUACCGCCGCAACAUGAUGAGCUUACAAGAUAUCUUGAAAGUGCAACUGUACGAGCUUCGCCUCGGAUCUUCUGGAAAGAGCAUGAACAUGAGUUUCCUGUACUUGCAAGCCUUGCGCGGGAUAUCAUGUCUAUUCUAGUAACAGGAGCAGGUGUCGAACGCCUUUUUAACUCUGCCCGGGAUAUCUGCCAUUAUCGACGAGGCUCGCUACAGCCGAAGAUAAUCCAGGACAUUAUGCUAUGGAUGUGUACAACAAGAUUUGACCUUCAAGAGCAGAAGCAAUUAAUACUACAAGAGCAUCUCUCAUAUCAGGAGAUUGCAGCCGUGACUGAAGCUAAUGAAACCAAGGAUGAAUCCUUUGGUCUGAUUAGUGAUACUGAGGAGGAUGAUAUACUGCCUCAGGAUCAUGAGUCACUUAUACAGUCUAGUAUAAUAAUGCUUGAUUGUGAAGGUCUCGAGGCUAUAGGUCAUGAUAAGGAGAUUGAGGAAGAAGAUGAUGAUGAUGAUACUGGUAAACUUCCUUUACCUGAUACCCAGCAGCGGAUAUCUAGUAGGAAGCGUAAGCGUUUAAAGCUGCUUGAUGGCUAUAUACUAGGGUCUUAG